CGGAGGGGGAGGCUGGAGGUGGCGGCUUGUCCCGUUCGGGGGCUGGGGAGAAGGGGGAGGCCCUUGGCAGGCAGCUGAGUGGGCAGAGGAGAGAGAGCAGACAGCUCAUCCCUCCAUUUCAUCCACUACUGGUUGCCAUAUUUGUUGUCAUGAGAGCCGCCUACCUCUUCCUGUUGUGUCUGCCUGCCGGGCUGCUGGCCCAGGGUCAGUAUGACAUUGACCCAGACCACAUCCAGUACACACAUUACGGGGACCAGAUUGACAAUCCCGAGUACUAUGAUUACCAAGAGUCCACCCACCGACCUCCAGAGGAGCAGCUGCAGUACCAGUCCCAGCAGCAGGUACAGCAGGAGGUCAUCCCGGCCCCCACCCACGAAAAUCCAGAGACAGAACCCACAGAGCCCGGACCCCUAGACUGCAGGGAGGAGCAGUACCCCUGCACCCGCCUCUACUCGGUCCACAGGCCCUGCAAACAGUGCCUCAAUGAGGUCUGCUUCUACAGCCUCCGCCGAAUGUACAUCAUCAACAAGGAAAUCUGCGUGCGAACCGUCUGCGCCCAUGAGGAGCUGCUCCGAGCCGACCUGUGCCGAGACAAGUUCUCCAAGUGUGGUGUGAUGGCGACGAGUGGCCUAUGCCAGUCUGUGGCUGCCUCCUGUGCCAGGAGCUGUGGGGGCUGCUAAUGGGCAGGGGGCACAGGGAGGGGGGGCAGGGCCUGGAACCUCCAGGAGCACAAAUCCAGGCCAGUGGGCUCAGGGCUCGGGGCUGGCUUUGAUUCUCUUGUGGGGUUAAAAAAAAUAACUGGUUUUUAAUUUUUUCUUUUGAGUGUGUGAGCAGACAAGGGCAGGGACUGGGUGGGGAAGGGGACAUCCUGCCUCCUUCCUGUCCCCUGCCUCUCUUGCUCACCAGUCCCAAAUGUCAGCAAGGUCUGGAAGGGCCAAAAGAGGCCACAAAGUGGAUGGAGACACGACGUUCCAGUCCUGCCCCAGUAGCUGUGUAACCCUAGGCAAAUCCCAACCUUUCUGUGCCUCAGUGCUUUCAUCUGUGAAAUGGGUAUUGGGCCCGAUAGCUUAGGAGCCCCCUUCUAGCACUAAGCCUCUGAGCCUGCCAGACUUAAAGACCCAAAGCAAGACACCACCCCCCCCAUGGCAGCUCAUUCUACUUGUGGAUGGCUCUCCUUCAACCAAACUAAAAUCUGCCCAUGCACCUGCCCCCCAGUUCUGAGCUCCAGGGUAGAGCCAGGUAAGAUUACUUGCUCGGCCACUUGGCAGCCCUUCAGAUACUUGAAAAUCACUCAUGUCCCACCCCUUCCUAUCUCCUGGCUGGACACCCCCCCAGCUCCUUGUCAGUUCGGGCCCCCUGUCCCCCAGGUGCCCCCUUUUGGCAUUGCAGCUGGAGCUAAGGAGGGGCUUGGGCACAGAUGCCUGCUGCUUCCCCAGUCCCUCCUUCUGCCUGGUGCUCACUGGCACCCCACCUGUUUCCACCAAAGUAGGCCCUCGGGCAGGCCCCCCCUGCUCUAGGUUGGACGUACUGUAGUGGGGUAUCAGAUCAUAUCUAUUUUUUUUUUUGUAUAAAAUAAAGAAUUUUUCAAGAAAAAUAGUCACCCAGGUUUGGGAUCAGUAUGUUGAGGGAGGAGAAGGCCAGAUCUGCUUUUUUCUCCUCUGGGGGGCUGACAGAAGGGCGAGUGAGGGGAAAGCUGAACUCUCUAAGAAUAAAACUAACAAUGAUUCUAUGGGCAAUGGAGUGGACAGUGCUGGUCUGGGGGUCAGCAGGAGGCGGUGUUCACAACCAUCCUCCACGGGAGAUGGGGGGAGCAAGUCGGGCCCAGGUAACUCGGUCAUAGCAACUUAUCUGGACUCAAACGCCUUGUACAGAUAUGCCCGGAUGUGGACAAAUGCACACACAAAACAUGUUUACAGACACACACAAUACAGAUACAGGUGCAGAGACAAUGUAGCGAUGUGUCCACAUAUUUACAGCUACAGAAAUACAUCUGAUACAGAGACGUGCACACACACGUACAAUGUACACA